CCAAGCUCACCUCCACUCACGCAAAACAUCACUAUUCCAAUUCAAGACUAAAAACAAGUCUUGGUCGUGCGAUACGGAAACAUGGGAUUCUUCUCCCGCCUCUUCACCUUCAUCGGGCUGGUGUUGCUCGCCCAUGCAGGAUACUCCGCCCACGAACACACCCUCCUAACCAGCAGCAACACCCACACCCUCUAUUCGACGACCACAGCAACCACAACCACCCCCCAUCUCCCCCCGGACAUCGUCAUCGAAGCCCUCGUGGCUCUCGUCAUCGUCUCCGUGGGCCUUGUCCUCGGCACCGAAAAACUUAAACCCAUUAGCUGGAGGGAUUGGGCCGGGGAGAUCGAGCGCGAAGGGAACGCCCGGCAUCCGUAUCGGCGAUUGGAUGAGCGGUAUUCGUUUUGGGAUGUGAGGGCAAAGAGGAAGGAGUUUGCGGACUGGAUCAGGGCGGCGGAUUUGGGAGAGAUGGUUGAGGAGAAAAAAUAGCGGUAUCUUCUGGGAUUGUCUGUCUAUAUGAUGAUUGGAUCUGGUGGGUUUGUUAUGAGGAUGGCCCGGAAUAAUCUCAGUCUGUUUUUGGGGCGGGUGAGGUUAUCUGGGUAGAUAGAUUCAGGGUACAUGUCAAGUAUCAAGUAUUUCUCUUCUAUGUGCUUCUUCUGUUUUCAUGAUAGGUCGGUGAUAUGUGUCGUUGUCAAGUUGAGAUUUGGUGAAGC